AUGGCGGGUUCGAUUUGCGGCGAGAAGAUAACUCCAGGAGAUGACGACGACAGCAGGAGAGCGGAGCUCGCAAGAAUGCUCGCUGAAAAUGAAGACGACUGGUUCAGGAUCAAAGCCCGCAGCGCAGACCGUUCAGGUGGAUCCAGCCCCACGGUCGCAGCAGGAGGUGACGAGGAGGUCCUGCAAUUUGAGCCAGCGAAGAUCAACACCACUCUUAUGGAUACACCUGGACUAUCUUUGGUGGUUCCCAAUGAGGUCCAGGAACUUCGUGCUGAGAAGGAGCAGUUGAACAUCGAGCUUGAUCAAGUCAAAAAGCAGCUUGCGUCCAAGACAUUGGCACACGACGAGGCCCUAACACAGAUCAAGCUGCAGGGUGAGCAGCUGGAAACGAAAAGGCUUGCGCAUGAAGAGGCUCUCCAGCAAGUCUCAAACCUCCAAGACAAUGUCCUUGCUCGCGAUGCAAUAAAGGAGGCUUCGGACUACAAAAUUAAGCAGCUCACAGGGGGAACAAGCUUUAUGGACCGCCUGGACCGCCUUUACAAUGAAAAGGACAAGGACAAGGACCAAAUUCAGCGAUUGUUAGAAGAGCGUCUUAGCCUCUGUGAGGACCUGCGUCGCAAGGGCGAGACAACUACACAGUUGCAGAAGCAAGUGUUCCAAUUCAAAAAGCAGCUCGGCUCACUUCAGCUUCAACUUGGCUCUAGGAAGGCAGUGGAAUCGCAACUGAUUGACAAGUGUGCCGAAGUCGAUUCUCUCAAGUACACUCUGGCAAACCUGAAUACUCAGAAGGGCGCACAGUCUGUCGGGCUCAGCACCGUUCGCACCGAGCUCAAGGAUGCUCUUAAUGCCAACCAAACCCAGAGCAAAGCGAUCACGGCCCUGGAACCCCAUGUUGCCGCUCGAUGCGAUAAGCAGAAGAUGUGGGAGCUUAAGCGCGAUAUCGCUUUCUACAUCACGCAUCUCGACCUAGCAAACAACCGCUGCCGGGUCUUCAGCUGUGCGCACGUCAGUCUAUUCAGCCUCCCCAAGCGCAACAAGUCUACUCUUCAGAGAGAUGCACGUGUUAUUGCAGGCGAAUUCUUUAGGGACUGGGCUAAUGAUAAGCAAUUCAUGGACCAGUAUCAUUUUCAGCGUCAAUACGUUAUCGACCAUCAUCGAGCGCACGAGCGUUCCGCCUCGGGACGAGGUGCACAUUCAGGCACGAUCAAGAAUAUCCUCACUCAGGUUGACGGUGGCCGGAACGUGUCGCUCGAGUAUAACUAG